AUGAUGAUGUUAGCUAUAGGUUCUAGUGCUUAUGAUUUAGCUAUAUAUCAUUUAUAUUGUCAUGCUUUUUUCAAAGCAUUAUUAUUUAUGUCAGCAGGAUCUAUAAUACAUAGUUUUAUGUCAGAGACUCAAGAUAUGCGUAAAUAUGGAGGUUUAUUAAAUUAUUUACCUUAUAGUUAUACAACUAUGUUAAUAGCUUCAUUAUCUUUAAUGGCUAUUCCUGGUUUAACAGGUUAUUAUUCUAAAGAUAUUAUUAUAGAAUCAUUAUAUGGUACUUAUACUGUUAGUGGUUAUAUAAUGUAUUAUUUAGCUAUAUCUUCAGCAACUUUAACUGCUUUAUAUUCUAUUAGAGUUUUAUAUUUAACUUUUUAUAAUAAUCCUCGUAGUAAUAAAUAUACUUAUCAAUAUAUACAUGAAAGUACUAAUAUGGCUAUUCCUAUGACUAUAUUAGCUAUUUAUAGUAUUUUCUUAGGUUAUUAUAGAGAUAAUGUAACUUUUCAUUUAGUUAUGGGUUUACCUCAUACUAAUAGUUUUAUAGAAACUGAAUAUACUUUACCUGCUAUUAUUAAAUUAUUACCUUUAAUUUUAGGUAUAGUUUUAUCUAUAUGUUUAGUUUAUAUAUAUGAAUUUGCUUUCUCUUAUAUCUCUAAUAAAUCUCAUAUUUAUAAUUAUUUAAACCAACGUAUUUAUUAUGAUCAAUUAUUAAAUAAUAUUAUAUUAAGAUCAGUUCUUAAAUUUGGAGGUUAUUUAAAUACUUAUAUAGAUAAUGGUUUACUUAAAGUUUUAGGUAGUACUGGUAUUAGUAGAGCUCUAACUUAUUUACCUGUUCUAUUAAUUAUUAACUUAUUUUAUUUAUUCUUAGUAUCUCUAAUUACCCUGCUCAAAGAAGUUGAAACCCAGUCUAAAGCUUAG